AUGGGUUUGACCAGGGUGCGUGUGCUGUCGUUGGAAUGGCCGAACCGUAAUGAAGGUGGGAGUCUAGCGAAAAUAACGACGCUUGUAACGGCGAAACGGUCGGAUUGCUCUGACCGUACUGCUGUGACGAGGCAGCGAUCGCAUUGCUUGGGCCAGGAUGGGUCUGGACGGCCAUGGUGUGAACUGGGCCGAGUUGCUGGGCCGCGGAAUGCGUGGGGCUGCUUUGCCCUAGUGAUACGGCCAAAGCAUGGAGUGGGUCGUACGCUGUUUCUGCUGGGCGGGUCGGUUUGGGAUUUACCGAUGUUGGCUAGGAUUACCCCCAGCUAUUUGCCGGCGGCUGAGAAUGCUGGUCGUAGCCUGACGCUUGGGUGCGGCCAGAGGCGCCGAGGCUGCUGCUUUCGCUGUAGGGCUCAAACCUCUCGCGUCCUUGGCCUCUCUGUCUGGCUCUGGGAGGCAUCGCGGACGACGUUACCGGCAUCCUUUCCUAAAAGAGCGUACGUAGCUCCGACGAAAGUCUGUCCAUUACGGCCAUAA